AUGGAGAAGAAAGACGAUCGCUUCUUUAAAACCCUCAUUCUCUCCCCUUUCCGUUACACCAAGACCCGCCACAUCCGCAUCGCCGAUAUUCUCGUUGAUGAAGAAGAGGGAUCCGAAACCGACGGCUACGAUUGCGUCGGAGAUUUCAAUAUGGAUGGCAUCGGAGACCGCCCGACGGACGACAGAUUGAUGGCUUUACAGUGCUCCACCCCGCGCCGUAUUAUUUCCCGAUGGCUGUCGUCUCUGAGACGAUCCAACAGAAGGCGAAGCGACGUCGUACGGAGCCAGAAGAUAUUCAAAGAGGUCGCGAGAAGGGAAACCGGUGACGAGUCAACGCACGCCGCCUGUUCGACGCAUGGAUUGAAGCAGUCAGGACAGUUUGUAAAAGAUAACGGCUCAUUCAAUUUGGGCGUUGCGUGCGGUUUGAUAUAUCUGAUUGUCGCCAGUAAAAAUGAGCUUACAAAGAUGGUGGAGCUGCGGACACAGAUGGAGCUGCUUCUUCAAAACGCAAAAGAGGGAUUGCAAAGAAAGAACGCGCCUUUUGACGCCAAACCGUUGGAGUUGAAUGAGAUGAAUAUUGCUUCUUCCACCACUGAUUUCCAUCAAGCUUCGAGCUCGAGCUCCGGUAGCCAGUUUUCGCUUCAAUCUGGUGUUGUCCGUGAUGGGUGCUCGGAAUAUAUUAGAAAUGAAGAAGGAGAAGGAGAGAGAGAUGAAUGCGUGGCAGGAAUGGAUCAACUUGAGGCGGAGCUUGAAGCCGAGUUAGAACGGUUGCAGCUCCAAUUGGAUUCGGAAAAUGAUUCAUCCAAUUUUGAAUACCCUCAGCAGAGGCUAAAGGCUUCUAGAGACUGUGCUCUUGUAAUUGACUGUGAUGAAGCAGAACCGCCGGAUUAUGCUGAAAUGCCCUGUGACUAUGGAGUUCCGGCACUUGAACUUGAGAGGAGGUUGCAUCAAGUGUUGGAAGCGAGACAGGAAGAUCGGAUAAAAGAACUUGAAGUUGCUUUAGAGUACACGAAGCGCAAGCUUCACGAGAAAGAAACAGAGGUUUCAUGGUGGAAAGAAACUGCAACUGCAGCGCUUGUAUCACACCGUGUUCCAGACCCUUCAGCGUCGAUUGCUUCCCAGCACGAUCCCGAAAGCGAUACAAAACUACCAAUUGGGUUCUGA